AUGUCUUCGAACGCAAAAGUGAUUAUUGUCGGUGGUGGUCUAUCAGGACUUUCAGCCGCCCACACAGUGUUAGAAAGAGGUGGUAAUGUCAUUCUCCUUGACAAGAAUAGCUUCAUGGGUGGUAACUCUACGAAAGCUACGAGUGGUAUCAAUGGUGCUGCAACUCAGGAUCUCGGUAUACCAGACUCAUCCGCUAAAUUCUUUGCCGAUACCAAGAAGUCUGCAAGAGAAUUAGCCCGAGAUGAUUUAAUCAAAGUGUUAACUUAUAAAUCAGGUGACGCGGUCAAUUGGCUGGUCGAAAGGUUCAAUCUCGACUUAUCAAAAGUAUCUCGACUUGGUGGUCACUCAGAGAAAAGAACACAUAGAGGUGGUCAACAAUUCCCUGGUAUGACUAUCACUUAUGCUCUCAUGGAAAAGCUCGAAGACUUGGCGGAAAGUUCACCUGACAGAGUCAAGGUGUUGAAGAAAGCGAAAGUCACCAAACUCCUUGAUGAGGGAGGUAAAAUUGUCGGUGUAGAAUAUGAGAAAGAUGGUCAAAAGUUCAUCGAACAAGGUCCAGUCAUUCUUGCCACUGGUGGUUACGCAGCCGAUUUCACGGGUGAUUCAUUACUCAAGAAACACCGACCUGAAUAUUAUGACUUGCCAACCACAAAUGGAGAUCACUGUACUGGUGAUGGACACAAGAUGGCCAUGGCUAUUGGUGCUAAAGGUAUCGAUCUUGAGAAAGUACAGGUUCACCCUACUGGUUUGGUAGAUCCUAAAGAGCCCGAUGCCAAAGUCAAGUUCUUGGCUGCCGAAGCGUUACGAGGUGUCGGUGGUCUUCUCCUGGACAACACAGGUAGUCGAUUCGUCGAUGAACUCCAGCAUCGAGACUAUGUCACUGGUAAGAUGUGGGAGAAUAAUAAAUUCCCUAUUCGACUUGUGCUUAACGGGCAGUCAAGCAAAGAGAUUGAAUGGCACUGCAAGCAUUAUGUUGGUCGGGGACUUAUGAAGAAGUUCAAUAGCGGCGAAGAGCUUGCUAAAGAGAUGGGUGUCAAACCUGAGGCUUUGAAGAAGACAUUCGAUGACCACAACAAAUAUGCUAAGAGCCCUGGUACAGACCCAUUUGGCAAGAAGUUCUUCAGUGGCGGUGAUUUCAAAAUGGAUGACAUUUACCAUGUCGCUCUCAUGACUCCCGUCUUACAUUACACCAUGGGUGGUCUUGAAAUUGGCACCGACUCUGCUGUACAUGAUUCCAGCUCAAGACCUAUUCCAGGUCUCUAUGCUUGCGGUGAAUUGGCUGGUGGUGUCCAUGGUGCAAACAGGCUCGGUGGAAGUUCUCUUCUUGGUUGCGUCGUCUUUGGUCGAGUCGCAGGUGAUGCGGUGUCAUCAUAUCUCCUUUCUCAGCUCGCCAACGAACGAGCUGCCAAUCGAUUAUCAAAUGUUGCCGGCCACUUGCUCGAAACUAAAAUCCGAGUCGAUCCAAACUCCAAAAAUGUCAACCUGGAGUUCUCUUGGGCCAACUCCGACUCCGGUUCUCAAUCUUUUUCAUCUUCAGGAGGAGGCCAACAGACUGAAGUUCAUGGCACAAGACAAGGAGCGCAAGAUGGUUCCGUUCCUGCCAACUCCCAACCAGCAAAAGAAGGUGACAGGACUUUAGCCCAAGUCGAGCAAGAGAAAUUACCAGAAACCAAGGAAGACAAGAAGACUGGCGGGAAAACAAAAGGAGAGUAUACUGUUGAAGAGGUUGGCAAGCAUAACAAGGAAAAUGAUUGUUGGGUUAUCAUUGAUGGUGAAGUUUUGGAUGUGACAAACUUCUUGGCCGACCAUCCCGGUGGUGCCAAGGCAAUUCUGCUUUACGCAGGAAGAGAUGCUACAGAAGAAUUCGCCAUGAUCCAUCCUCCCAAUGCCAUCUCAAAAUACGCUCCUGAUACAGUCAUUGGGAAAGUCAAGGCGUAG